GCGAGGAUAGGAGCUGGAGCGAUCUCGUUGGGAGCUGACGCUCGAGCCUUCACGACCCAUUCAGAUUCCUCUUGGACUCGCGAGGAAGGGGACUGCUUUCUGCAUUCAGCCUCACUAGCUGCCAAGGAGACCUGUCUUUGUUUUUUGAAGUCUCUAGAAAUGGACGAAGACGGUGCAGUCAGCUGAAGUCCGAAGAAAUCAUCAGGGCAUUUUGCAGGGGUUUUAUAAAAACAUUCCUUCCGUGGCACGUUAUUUGUCUGGCCAGCCCUGCCCCUCCUCGGAGCCUCGUGUGGAAUUCUUCCCUUUUUGCUGUGUGGCGGCAUUUCUACCCCCCAAUGUGGACUCCAAAGGGGUGGUCCCUUCUUUGUAAUUUGAAAUGAAAUGAUGGCCACGCGUCGGACUGGUCUGCCGGAGGGAGAUGGUGACACGCUCAAGGCCCGGGUGUCCCCUGCCUGUGAGGUAUCAAAAAGUAAAGAUGGAAAAGAACAAAGUGAAACUGUAUCACCGUCCGAAGAUGAAACAUUCUCCUGGCCAGGUCCCAAAACGGUGAUGUUGAAAAGAACAUCUCAAGGCUUUGGUUUUACAUUAAGACAUUUUAUUGUUUAUCCCCCAGAGUCUGCAAUUCAAUUUUCAUAUAAGGAUGAAGAAAAUGGCAACAGAGGAGGAAAACAAAGGAACCGCUUGGAACCCAUGGAUACCAUAUUCGUUAAGCAGGUUAAAGAAGGGGGACCUGCUUUUGAAGCUGGAUUAUGCACAGGUGACCGAAUCAUAAAAGUCAACGGAGAAAGUGUUAUUGGAAAGACCUAUUCUCAAGUAAUUGCUUUAAUUCAAAACAGUGAUACAACAUUGGAGCUUAGCGUUAUGCCCAAAGAUGAAGACAUUCUCCAAGUGGCAUAUUCUCAAGAUGCCUACCUGAAAGGCAACGAAGCCUACAGUGGCAACGCCCGCAACAUCCCUGAACCUCCACCGGUUUGCUACCCCUGGCUUCCACCGUCCGCCCCUUCGGCCACGGCACAGCCGGUCGAAGUCUCUCCUCCAGACUUGUCAUCAAGCAAACAGCAGACCAGUACACCAGUACAGACCCAACCUGGAAGGGCCUAUAGAAUGGAAAUACAAGUGCCUCCAUCACCAACAGAUGUUGCAAAGUCAAACACGGCAGUGUGUGUUUGCAACGAGAGUGUGAGGACUGUCAUUGUACCUUCUGAGAAGGUUGUAGAUUUGUUAACUAAUAGAAACAACCAUACCGUUCCGUCACAUAGAACUGAAGAGGUGAGGUAUGGCGCCAGUGAGCCCUCUUUAAAAACAGUGUCAAGAACCACAUCACCGUCAUCAUCCAUUCCCACUGCCCAUCCGAUUCAUCAGACUGCAGGCUCCAGAUCAUUGGAACCUUCCAGAAUUUUACUCAAAUCUGGCCAUUACAGUGGACAUUCAGAAGGCAUCUCGAGCAAUAGAUCUCCAGCUGUGGAUUCUCCGUCCGUAACUGUUAAUCAUUAUUCUCCAAAUUCCCAUCAGCACAUAGACUGGAAAAACUAUAAAACUUACAAAGAGUAUAUUGAUAACAGACGAUUGCACAUGGGUUGUCGGACAAUUCAAGAAAGAUUAGAUAGUUUAAGAGCAGCGUCUCAGAGCACGACAGAUUAUAACCAGGUGGUACCGAACCGCACGACCCUGCAGGUACGACGCCGCAGCACCUCUCACGACCGAGUGCCCCAGUCCGUCCAGAUCCGGCAGCGCAGUGUGUCCCAGGAGAGGCUGGAGGACUCUGUGUUAAUGAAGUACUGUCCACGCAGUGCGUCGCAGGGAGCCCUGACAGCCCCGCCCAUUAGUUUUAGCAAUCAUAGAACUCGUUCGUGGGAUUAUAUCGAGGGGCAGGGUGAAACCUUAGAAAAUGUCACUUCCGAAAGUCAAAUACCGGACUCAAAUGGAGAACGAAAACAGACUUAUAAGUGGAGUGGAUUUACCGAGCAGGAUGAUAGACGAGGUAUUUAUGAAAGACCCAGGCAGCAAGAAAUCCACAAAGCUUUCCGAGGUUCAAAUUUUACUGUGGCUCCGAGUGUUGUUAAUUCGGAUAACAGGCGGAUGAGUGGUAGGGGAGUGGGAUCCGGGUCUCAGUUUAAAAAAAUUCCACCAGACCUAAAAACACUGCAGUCAAACAGAAAUUUUCAAGCCGCUUGUGGAAUGUCACUUCCUCAAGGUAUUUCACAAGACAGGUCACCUCUUGUGAAAGUCAGAAGUAAUUCUCUGAAAGCGCCUUCUUCGCAUGUCACGAAACCAUCAUUUAGCCAGAACUCGUUUGUUUCUAUCAAAGACCAAAGACCAGUAAAUCACUUGCAUCAAAAUAGUCUUUUGACUCAGCUGACGUGGUUAAGAACUGGAAGUGCCCCCGACCAGCAAGUAGAGGCUGGGAAAACCCCCUCUUUUUCUGGAGCUUCUGUUAAGCCUGUCCUUCAGAUGGGUGAGAACUCUGGCACUUCAGAGGUAGAAUUACCUGUCACUCAAAGGAAUCAAGAAUUAAAUUUACAAGAGGUUGAAAUUCAGCAGUCAAAUAAUUUAGAUAAUAAAGAAACUGUCAUUCUAAGAGAAAAACCUCCAUCUGGUCGUCAGACACCGCAGCCUUUAAGGCAUCAGUCUUACAUCUUAGCAGUAAAUGACCAGGAGACAGGGUCAGACACGACCUGCUGGCUGCCUAACGACGCGCGCCGAGAGGUCCAUAUAAAAAGGAUUGAGGAGAGGAAGGCCUCAAGUACCAGUCCACCUGGUGACUCGCUGGCUUCCAUCCCGUUCAUAGAUGAACCCACUAGCCCAAGCAUCGAUCACGACAUUUCGCACAUCCCCGCUUCUGCUGUCAUCUCAGCCUCUACCUCUCAAGCAGCCUCUAUAGCAACAGUCCCUCCCAGCCUCACAACUUCUGCUCCUAUAAUUCGACGUCAGCUCUCUCACGACCAGGAAUCAGUUGGACCUCCCAGCCUGGAUGCCCAGCCCAACGCAAAGACAGAAAGAUCAAAAUCGUAUGAUGAGGGCCUGGAUGAUUACAGAGAAGAUGCAAAAUUGUCCUUUAAGCACAUAUCUAGCCUGAAGGGCAUCAAGAGCACAGACAGCCAAAAGUCAUCAGAAGACUCUGGGUCCAGAAAAGACUCUUCGUCAGAGGUUUUCAGCGAUGCUGCCAAGGAGGGGUGGCUGCACUUCCGACCGCUUGUCACCGAUAAGGGCAAGAGAGUUGGUGGAAGCAUUCGGCCGUGGAAGCAGAUGUAUGUUGUACUUCGGGGCCAUUCACUUUACUUGUACAAAGAUAAAAGAGAACAGAUGACUCCGUCUGAAGAAGAACAACCCAUCAGUGUUAAUGCUUGCUUAAUAGACAUCUCGUACAGUGAGACCAAGAGGAAAAAUGUGUUCCGACUUACCACGUCAGACUGUGAGUGCCUCUUUCAGGCUGAAGACAGAGACGAUAUGUUAGCAUGGAUCAAGGCCAUCCAGGAGAGUAGCAACCUGAAUGAGGAGGACACUGGAGUUACUAACAGGGAUCUAAUUAGUCGAAGGAUAAAAGAAUAUAACAGUCUGAUGAGCAGCAAAGCUGAACAGUUGCCAAAAACGCCUCGCCAGAGUCUCAGCAUCCGGCAGACUUUGCUUGGCACUAAGUCAGAGCCAAAGACACAAAGUCCCCACUCUCCGAAGGAAGACUCAGAAAGGAGACUUCUCAGUAAAGAUGACACCAGUCCCCCAAAAGACAAAGGCACAUGGAGGAAAGGUAUUCCAAGUAUUAUGAGAAAGCCAUUUGAGAAAAAACCUGCUGCCACAGGAACGUUCGGGGUCAGACUGGAUGAUUGCCCACCAGCUCAUACCAAUCGGUAUAUUCCAUUAAUAGUUGACAUAUGUUGCAAAUUAGUUGAAGAAAGAGGUCUUGAAUAUACAGGUAUUUAUAGAGUUCCUGGAAAUAAUGCGGCCAUCUCAAGUAUGCAGGAAGAACUCAAUAAGGGAAUGGCUGAUAUUGAUAUACAAGAUGAUAAAUGGCGAGAUUUGAAUGUGAUAAGCAGUUUACUAAAAUCCUUCUUCAGAAAACUCCCUGAACCUCUCUUCACAAAUGAUAAAUAUGCCGACUUCAUUGAAGCCAAUCGUAAAGAAGAUCCUCUAGAUCGUCUGAAAACAUUAAAAAGACUAAUUCAUGAUUUGCCCGAACAUCAUUAUGAAACGCUUAAGUUCCUUUCGGCUCAUCUGAAGACAGUAGCAGAAAAUUCAGAAAAAAAUAAGAUGGAACCGAGAAACCUAGCAAUAGUGUUUGGCCCAACUCUUGUGAGAACAUCUGAAGAUAAUAUGACCCACAUGGUCACUCACAUGCCAGACCAGUACAAGAUUGUAGAGACACUAAUCCAGCACCAUGACUGGUUUUUCACAGAAGACGGUGCUGAAGAGCCUCUUACAACAGUGCAGGAGGAGAACACAGUGGACUCCCAGCCAGUGCCAAACAUAGACCAUUUACUCACCAACAUCGGAAGGACAGGAGUGCCCCCUGGAGAUGUAUCAGAUUCAGCUACUAGUGACUCAACAAAAUCUAAGGGUUCUUGGGGACCUGGAAAAGAACAAUACAGCAGAGAUCUGCUCGUGUCCUCCAUCUUCGCAGCCGCUAGCCGCAAGAGGAAGAAGCCAAAAGAGAAAGCACAGCCUAGCAGCUCAGAAGACGAACUGGACAAUGUGUUUUUUAAGAAGGAAAACGCAGAGCAGCGUCACAGCGAUACUAAAGAAGAAUCCAAAAAGGACAGUGAGACAUUGGGCAGAAAACAAAGGGCCGUCCUUUCCAAAGAGAACAACGCUAAGAAAGACAGCAGCGCAACGAAAGAUGAGAAGACGUCCGGUCGAAAGGAGAGUCUGCCGUCUGAAGAACACUCACCCCGCCACGGUUCCAGGCUCAGCAAGUCACCCACUCCCAGCGGCCGCCUCGCCAUCCUGAAAGACAGCCCCGGCUCCCUCGGGACACAGAAGUCGUCCCACUUUGAAGAGACGGGGUCAGACUCCGGCACUUUGCUCAGCACUUCGUCCCAGGCUUCUCUGGCCAGGUUCUCCACUAAGAAAUCCACCAGCCCAGAAACCAGACAUGGUGAGUUUUUGGCCAAUGUCAGCACCAUCACCUCAGAUUAUUCAACCACGUCGUCUGCUACCUACUUGACCAGCCUCGACUCCAGCCGGCUCAGCCCCGAGGUGCAGUCCGUCGCAGAGAGUAAGGGAGACGAAGCUGACGACGAGAGAAGCGAACUGAUCAGUGAGGGGCGGCCUGUGGAGACCGACAGCGAGAACGAUUUCCCUGUUUUUCCUGCCGCCUUGACAUCAGAGAGGUUUUUCCGGGGGAAACUACAAGAAGUUACUAAGACGAGCCGGAGGAAUUCGGAAGGAAGCGAAGUGAGCUGUACCGAGGGCAGUUUAACACCCAGUCUAGAUGGUCGGAGACAGCUCUUCAGUUCCCAUAAGCUGAUCGAAUGUGACACGCUCUCCAGGAAAAAAUCGGCUCGGUUCAAGUCAGACAGCGGAAUCCUAGGAGAGGCCAAGAACGAGAAAGAAACGCCUUCCAUAACGAAGGUGUUCGAUGUCAUGAAAAAGGGAAAGUCAACAGGGAGUCUGCUAGCACCGACCAGAAGUGACUCAGAAAAACAGGAGCCCACUUGGAAAACGAAAAUAGCAGAUCGGUUAAAACUGAGACCCAGAGCCCCGGCAGAUGACAUGUUUGGAGUAGGAAAUCACAAAACGAAUCCCGAGACCACCAAAAGGAAAAACAUCAAACGUCGACAUACACUUGGAGGGCACAGGGAUGCUACUGAGAUCAGUGUUUUGAAUUUCUGGAAAGCACACGAGCAGAGUGGGGAGAGAGAAUCUGAACUUUCAGCCGUGUCUCGGUUAAAGCCGAAAUGCUCGGCCCAGGACCUGUCCAUCUCAGACUGGCUUGCGAGGGAACGCUUCCGGACCAGCACGUCUGACCUUAGAGGAGAAACGGGAGACUCCCAGCCGGACAGUACUAGCACGUUAGAGAGUUCCAUGAUGGACGCACCUGUAUCUUUUCACUCCGAUGCAGGUAGUUCUUCCAGUACCCUGGCUUCAGCUCACAGGCCCCUUCUCUCCAUACCACCACAGUCACCCGACCAAAUAAAUGGAGACAGCUGCCAGAAUAUGAGCCAGAAUGCUAGUUCCGCAGCUAAUGCCCAACCUCAUAAACUGUCUGAAUCCCCAGGCAAUAAAGCAGAGCUUCAUCCCUGUCUUUAAACUGGGGCUACGUCCACUAUAGCAAAUAAAAAGCUACUGUCACAGGUUUCAGUAACUCUGUAAGUAUGUUCUUGUACCAGAAUCGUUAUUAUGCAGCCUUCGUUUGGGCUGGUUUCAUCAUUUUGCGCUGUGAAAUGGCUUUACAGUGCAUUGCUGCAGCCAGAAGACACACACACACACACACACACACAUAUUUAAAAAUAUAUUGGAUAGUUGUAUACAAAUGAGUAAGGUAUUUGUUGCAACUUACUACAUAGUGUAUACACAAGGUUACUGAAGAAAAUCGCUGGCAUUAGUGAGCAGCAAAUCUGUCCUUUGGUUUCAUCACUAACAAAAGUGCCUCAUCAUAAAAAUCCGUUUGGUUCUUAGGGUGCCAUAUUGUUAAAAUUAGAUAACUUGCAUUGAAGAAAUGAAUGCAUUUUCUUGGUAACAAGUUUCAUUGCAUUUACCAGUUUUAACACAGGUGGAUACGGAACUUCCAUUCUUUAGUCAUUCCAGGUGGAUCUCUGAGUUUUAUAUUCAAACUUUUAAUACAGUUUUUGAGUUUUGCGUGACUUGAAUUUUUAAUCUUUCUGUAAAAUAAGUAACUUAAAUGAACAUAUUAUAUGUGUAUCUUUUCUUCAGAUACCAGAUUUGAUAUAAAUGUUGUAACAUAGGUGUGUAGAUAGUGACCUGGAUGGAACUGGCUUCUUUAUCAAGAAGAAUAUAAUUCUGCAUGAGGACUUAAUGAAUUCAAACUCGUGUCAUGCCUGUGUGCAUACCCAAUUAAACACUGGAAAUAAAAAUUGUUUUGCUGAA